AUGCCUGCGACAAGUCGUGCCUCCUUUGAGGCCAUUUUCCCCUCCUUGGCCCAGGAUAUGCUGGACCAUGCGAAGAAGUACAAUCUGCCCCAGAAUGCGCUGGAAUGGUUCGAGAAGUCCAUCAACACCAACGUCCCCGGUGGAAAACUGAACCGCGGUCUCUCCGUCCCCGACACGGCUCUCGCCCUGCUGCAAAAGCCUCUCACUGAUGAGCAGUUCAAGGACCUCAGCACCUUGGGAUGGCUCACGGAAUUGCUCCAAGCGUUUUUCUUGGUGAGCGAUGAUUUGAUGGACGGCUCAAUUACCCGCCGUGGUCUGCCAUGCUGGUACCGCCACGAGGGGGUUGGCUUUAUCGCUAUCAAUGACGCUUUCCUGCUCGAGUCCGGUAUCUAUAUUAUCUUGAAGAAGCACUUCCGGUCCCACCCCGCCUACGUUGACUUCAUUGAGCUCUUCCACGAGACCACCUGGCAAACCGAGCUGGGCCAGUUGUGCGACCUGAUCACCGCCCCCGAGGACAAGGUCAACCUGGACAAUUUCUCCAUGGAGAAGUACAUGUUCAUCGUCACAUACAAGACCGCUUACUACAGCUUCUACUUGCCCGUAGCCCUGGCUCUCCACUACCUCCAGCUUGCUACCCCGGAGAACCUUCAACAAGCCCACGACAUCCUGAUUCCUCUGGGCCAGUACUUCCAGGUUCAGGACGACUACCUCGAUGCUUACGGUGACCCCGAAGUCAUUGGCAAGAUCGGAACCGAUAUCCAGGACAACAAAUGCUCUUGGCUCGUGAACCAGGCUCUGCAGCGAUGCACUGCCGAGCAGCGAAAGCUGUUGGAUGGUGCCUACGGCCGCAAAGACAGUGAGCAGGAGGCCAAGGUCAAGCAGCUCUUCAGGGACCUGGACCUGGAGACCGUUUACAAGGAGUACGAGGAAAAGAUUGUUGGCGAACUCAGGGGUAAGAUUGCCGCCGUCGAUGAGACGGGUGGACUGAAGAAGGAGGUCUUUGAGGCUUUCCUGGGCAAGAUCUACAAGCGCUCCAAAUAA